UGAGGAGGAGUAGUUCUUGGAGAUUGGAAAUGGCUUCCCAAACAAGGCCUAACAUCUCCAAUGAGAUCCAUGACAUAGAUGUAGUCACAGCUCAGAGCUCCGUCUCUCCCCGUCUUCUUCACCACGAGAGCUUGAGAGAACUCUUCCCACCCUUCCUUGCAAGAAAGGUCGUUGCUGAGAUGAUAUCCACCUUCUUGCUGGUGUUCGUGACCUGCGGUGCCGGCGCCUUGAACAAGAGCAACUCAGGCGUGGUGUCGCAGCUCGGCGCAUCGGUCGCCGGAGGGUUGAUCGUCACGGUGAUGAUCUAUGCCGUCGGCCAUAUAUCAGGGGCACACAUGAACCCUGCCGUCACCUUCGCCUUCGCCGUCUCGAGGCAUUUUCCAUGGAUUCAGGUGCCCUUCUACAUGUGUGCUCAGAUCUCGGGGGCCAUGGUCGCCUCCUUCGUCCUCCGGGAGCUGUUGCACCCGAUCACCAACCUCGGGACGACGACGCCGUCUGACACGGCGGCGAAGGCAUUGGUCAUGGAAACCGUGGUCACCUUCUGCAUGAUGUUCGUCACGUCGGCGGUAGCAACCGAUACCAAAGCUGUAGGAGAGUUGGCAGGGUUAGCUGUUGGUUCAUCAGUGUGCAUAACCUCCAUUCUAGCUGGGCCGGUCUCAGGAGGAUCGAUGAACCCCGCGAGGACAUUAGGACCGGCGGUCGCGAGCAGGAAUUACCAAUCGCUCUGGGUGUAUUUUGUUGGCCCGGUGCUGGGCACCGUCUCAGGCUCAUUCUCCUACAGCUUCAUUAGAAUGACUGAGAAGCAGCAGCAUACUACUGCUGCACAGAAGCUGUCCUCCUUCAAGCUUCGACGCUUGCAGAGCCAGGAAAUGGCGAGCCCCACAAGCAAUGCUUUCGAGAAUGUGUAGCUUCGUCAGGAGACUAUGGGCAUUGCUAAGUAUCGUCAUCUUCUGCAGCUUAUGUUAAUGAUGUAUGUCCGUGUAAGGCCGUGCCUCUUAAGCCGGUGGUAGGCUUCUUAGUUCUGAAGUCACUACUCCUCCUCUGUAAUCUAUGGUGCAGUUUUAGACUGCAUCAUCAUCUUAUGAAGCAUUAUUAUCACCAUCA